AUGGCUCUUCCGGAAAUAGGGUCUUCAUCUUCUUCACCGAUUGGUGGCCAUACGUAUGACGUAUAUUUAAACUUUAGAGGUACCAAUAAUCGUUAUAGUUUCACUGAGCACCUUAAUAAAGCCCUUGUAGAUGCCACUUUCACUACCUUCUUUAGUGAUGAAAAGAUUGAAAUAAAGGAAGGUGGAUACGGAAGAGUCUACAAGGGAAUCCUCACCUGGGGGGAUCAUGUAAACAAGCUAGUCGCUGUAAAACGGCUAGAGAUCAAUAAUAAUCAAGGUAACAAGGAGUUCCAAACCGAGCUCACAAUGCUUUCACAAUAUAAACAUCACAACAUUGUAACCCUUAUUGGGUUUUGUAAUGCUAACAAUGAGAUGAUCCUUGUUUACGAAUACGCAAGCAAUGGAAGCCUCGACACACAUUUGCUUAACCCUUCCUCUACAUUGUCAUGGGUACAACUCCUCAAAAUAUGCAUCGACGUUGCUUCUGCAUUGGACUAUCUUCAUAAUCAUGUUGCACAAAAACACAGAAUAAUACAUCGCGAUAUUAAAAGUGCAAAUAUUUUGUUGGAUGAAAAUUUGAAUGCAAAACUUGCGGAUUUUGGGUUGGCUAAGAUAGGAUUAGCUAAUCAACAAAAUAGCUUUGUGAUAACUAAUAUUGCGGGGACAUAUGGUUACAUGGACCCACAAUACGGAAGAACGGGGUUUUUAACAAAAGAAUCGGAUGUUUAUUCUUUUGGUGUGGUUUUGUUUGAAGUUUUGUGUGGAAGGGUGGCGUGUGUAGAUUAUAAUGAUGAGCGGAAAUUCCUCUUUCAUUAUGCUCCAACUUGUUAUAAAAAUGGUGAUAUGGAAAAGAUUGUUGAUCAAAGAAUAAGGAAAGACAUCAAUCCAAUAACGUUGCUCAAGUUUGCAGCUACUGCUUAUCAAUGCUUGCAAGAAACUCGGGAACACCGGCCUACAAUUGCUGAGGUUGUGUUUCAACUAAAGGAGGCAAUGGAAAUUCAAUUAGAAGAUGAGAUCCUCGGAUGA